AUGAAGAACACGGGAACCCUCUUCCUAAGCAAAAACUUCCUCCUGAUAAUCCCUUCAAUAGGUCAAUCCGUCUUCGCCGAAGCCGUCUUCUUCACCUUCCAAGGCCUCUGGUUCAGCGUCCGCGCCCGCGCCUUGGGUUCCUUCCUCUCGGGAAUCGUCGCCAUCAUCGCCGGAAACCUCCUGGGUCUCUUCCUCGACAACGAAAAAUUAGCCAUGCGCUUCCGCGGCCGCUGGGCCUUCGCCGUCCUCUUCACGCUCCAAGGCGCCUGGUGGCUCUGGGGCACCAUAAUCGUCACAGACUUCCGCAAGUCGCAACCGACAUACGACUGGGUCGACGUCGGCUUCGGGAGAGGGUUUGCGUGGUUUUUGGUCAUGGUCAUGUGGUUUCAGGUGAAUUAUAUGUAUCUGUACUUUGUGAUUGGCAGUUUGGCGAAGAAUGAUGCGGAGGUGGUGAGGUUUGCGGGGUUGUUGAGGGGCACGGAGAGUGCGUGGCAGGCGAUAUCUUAUGGGUUGACGAGUGUGACGGUUAUGGGGCAGGUCGGGGGUGUGUAUUUGAACUUUGGACUUUGCGCGGUAUCGUUGGUGCCGGCUUGGUGGGUGAUUAGGGAGAUUGGGGUUAGUACGGGGAAGGGGGUUGAUGAGAGGUCUAGGGGCGAGCAUAGAGAGUGA